UCACUCCCGCGCUCGACUUCUUGCACCGUAACACGACUCAUCAACAUACCUCGAAGAUGUCGGACGACCGUGCAACGUUCGACUUCGGUUUCGAGCACGAAGAUGCGGACGACGAAAGAUCUCUCGCCGACUACGACCUUACAACUCUUCCACGCCAGGAGCGACAACCUCCAGGCCUGAGCGACAAUCACUCGAGAGAUUCCCCACUUCAAGAUCGGCCAUCUUCGAGCAGUCAUCGUCCAUGGAGAGCCUUCACACUAUCAUCGACCCUCUAUCAACCUACACCACGUCCACCUCGCACCGGCAGCCCUCCGGAUCGGCCGGUCACAUCGCACGUCCGGUACAAACGAUGAUGCUGCCUUAUCUCGAUGUCGCAGAUAUCGUUUCCCUGUCUCGCACCUGCAAAGGCUUUGGCCAGCUACAACCGGUGCUCAAAGUGACUGCGUACAACAUCAAUGACCAUCUCAAGAAAUUCUUCAAAGACCCGCUCAAGUUCCAGGUGGUGCGGUUCCACUGUGGCGCGCUUGUUCACGGUGAUUUCGCACGAAAACUUCUUCUGCCGUGCCCUUGGAAGGACAAAGGCUUUACAACCUGCAGUCGAAGAUAAUUGCUCGUACCUUCUCGAAGAAUACCUGCUCGAAGAAGGUUACACAUGGGUGACGGUCAACGGCCACUACGAG